AUGCCUUCUUCAACCAUCAGCGACGACCUGUCGGUCGCGGACGUGUUCAGCCCACAGGCUGAUCUUGCGCAGUCUUCCAUGGACAUACCGACCAAUCACCGUCGCCCCGAUGCGCACAUGGGCAACAUGUCUCCUCGGAUGAACAAUGGAUUUGGCGACUUUGCGAAACCCGGUCUGAAUGCGCACAUGAAGACGCAGCGCCAAAAGAGCAAGAAGAAGAAGAACCAGGUUGGACCCGGACCUGCUUGCUCCACCGUUCGCGGUUUUACUCCUCUGCCAUCCGGCGAUGAAGAAUCGGAUUUCUCCGCCGCGAGCUCCCGUGCUCCAUCCCGCCCUCCAACUUCUCUUGGCGGGGGUAGCCCUUUGGCGCAGCCGUCCACAGGCCACGGAGUUAGCGCUUUGAAGCUUCAGCUUAAUACCUUGAGUUUGGCGGACAAUACCGGUGCCACGAGCGGACUUGCUUCCCAGACACCAAGUGUUGUCAGCGCUUUCUCAGACAGCGAUCAGACCGAGAUAUUGACCAGCUAUGAAGUGCCUCUGGACCAGGACUUUGUUAGCUCUGAUGCUGUACAACCCGAGACACCAGAGGAACGCGGAGCCGAUGCCGCUGGUGUAAGCGCGGAUCUGCGCAGCCAGCUGUGCCGGAAAAUGACUGCAGAUGACUUUGAGCCUAUUCUCUGCCUCGGAAAGGGUUCGUUUGGGACGGUUCUGUUGGUGCGCCAUGUCGUCACCGGUAAGCUGUAUGCCCAGAAGCAAUUCCGCAAGGCUUCGAUUACUGUGCACAAGAAACUGGUCGAGCAGACUAAGACUGAGCGUACAAUCCUGGAAAGUGUCAACCGCCACCCAUUCGUGGUCAAGCUAUUCUAUGCCUUCCAGGACCACGAAAAGCUUUACCUUAUCCUAGAAUAUGCGCAGGGUGGUGAACUCUUCCACCAUCUCGCUAUGGAACGUAUGUUUGAAGAAGACGCGGCUGCUUUCUACAUGGCUGAAGUGGUCCUCGCAUUUGAGCACCUUCACCAAAAUGUCGGCGUUCUUUACCGCGAUUUGAAGCCCGAAAACUGCCUUCUCGACCAACAGGGCCACCUGCUCCUCACAGACUUCGGACUUAGCAAGAUCGCCCUCAACGAUGACGACCGCUGCAACUCUCUUCUCGGCACAAUCGAAUACAUGGCCCCGGAAGUUAUCCAAGGAAAGCCCUAUGGCAAAGCUUGCGAUUGGUGGUCCCUCGGUGCCCUGGGCUUCGACCUACUCACCGGCUCGCCGCCGUUCCGCGCAAACAACCAUGCGAAACUCCAAGAGAAGAUUGUCAAGCAGAAGCUCGCUCUGCCAUACUACCUCGGACCCGACGCCAAAGACCUUCUCACCCGUCUUUUGCGUAAGGAACCCUCCAAGCGCCUGGGUUACCACAUGGCAAAGGAUCUCCAGACCAUCAAGAAGCACCGCUUCUUCCGCAAGAUCGACUGGGAUGCUCUUGAGCGCCGCGAACUGAACCCCCCUAUCUGUCCCGUUGUUACCGACCCAGCCCUGGCAGAGAACUUCUCCGUCGAUUUCACCCAGCUUCCACUCAGCCCAUCCAUGGCAGGUCCCGGCUUUGACGAGUAUUAUGCUAACGGUCAAGAUUUCCCUGCCGGCAAGGGUCCCGAUGCGGAUGGGAUGAACGCAGAGAGCAACCCCUUUGGAGGAUUCAGCUACGUUGCCUCGAGCAGCUUGCUAGACCACGGACUGGGCGUUAUGACAGCUGGUUACUGA